AUGCUGCGGCAGCGCUGCGGGCCACUCCUGGCCCGGCUGGAUCGGGUGCUGCAGCUUUUGGAGCUCGGCGGCAGCGUGGAGGAAGACUGCAUCCAGAUAGCUCGGUGCUUAGAGGCAACGCGUCAAAGAUGCUGCCGGCUGGAGCAGGACGGGCAAUGGGCUCGGGAGCAGCUGGCACGCGUGGAGGCCGAGCGGGCGGCGCUGGAGGUGAAGCUCAAGCACGCCCGGAAUCAGGUGGAGGUGGAGAUGAAGAAGCGGCACCGGGCAGAAGCUGAGCUGGAGAAGCAGGAGCGCAAACUUCAGCUGGUCUUCGAGUACCUGAUGCGAGAGCCAUGGGGCAGCAGGAAGCUGAGUGGGGAGCAAUGCUCUGUCCUCAGUGCCCUGGCUGGCCGGCGCCUCGGGGCAACCCUGGCAUCUAGCAGGAGGUCAUCUGCAGUAGAUGAAUCGUGCCAGUCUCUCCUGUCCCACUCAGACAUCAGCUAUGACCGCACUGAGGAUGAUGUGGAUGUUGAUAUGACGGUGGUGCGGACCCUGAAGCGCAAAUCCCAGGAGAGGCAGCGCGUGUCCCUAGCACCUCAGAUUGGCCCUGUGGUUGUGGCGAAGCGGCACCGGUCUUCUGUGGCACCCCACUAUGUUACAAGUGUCCCCCCUGUGCCCACUCCUGCUGAGGUCCCAGGCCCUGCUGGCACCCUCCUGCCUGCUGCUCUGGUGCCACGACGCUGCUCUCGCCAGGGUCACCGUGUCUCCACACGUGCAGAGCUGACCACAGUAUGGGGCACCAGCGAGGAUCGGGGCUGCUGUGUGCCAGGGCAGGAGAGCAACACUGACACCAGAUCCUCUGCAGGGCAGCCCGCCCCACCCGCCUUCCCCUCACCUCCACGACGCCUCCCACCAAUCCAGCAUCAGUUCACCUCCAAAACAGUGAUUCGCCCUGAGCCAUGCAGCAUCUGUGGUGCCCGCAUCCGCUUUGGGAAGGCUGCCGUCAAGUGUCGGCAGUGCCAGCUGCUGCUGCACCCCAAGUGCCGGGAGCAGUGCCCCAGCCCCUGCAAGCCCCGUCCUCGCCGCCACGCCUGGCCCCUUGAGGGUGUGCUGGCUGACUUUGCCCCACUCACACCGCCCCUGGUGCCCGCGCUGGUUGUGCAGUGUGUGACUGAGGUGGAGACACGAGGUUUGACAGAGACAGGGCUGUACCGGGUGCCAGGUGCUGAGCAGCUGGUACGGGAGUGGAAGCGGAGGCUGCUGCAGGCUGGGGGUACGCUGCCCGCCCUCAGCAGUGUGGCUGACAUCCACGUGGUGUGCGGGGUGCUCAAGGACUUUCUGCGGGGGCUCAAGGAGCCACUGGUCACCUUCAGCCUCCACUCUGCCUUCCUGCGGGCUGCCGACAUCCCAGAUGAUGCCACCUGCAGCACAGCCCUGCGCCAUGUGGUGAGCAAGCUGCCCCCAGCCAACAGGGACACCCUGGCCUUCCUUAUGCUGCACCUGCUUAGGGUGUCAUGCAGCCCUGAUUGCAAGAUGGAUGUAUUCAACCUGUCCCGUGUGUUUGGUCCCACACUGGUGGGACACAGCUCAGCCAACCCCACACCGCUCGCCAUCAUGGAGGACACGCCACGACAGUGCAAGGUGGUGGCUCGGCUCCUCUCACUGCCACACGACUUCUGGAGAGGCUUCAUGGGGGCAGAACAAGAGAACCUGGUGCCAACACCAGCCCUGGGGAGUGAACGAGAGACGUUUUUCCACCCCAUAACCUCCCCAGAGCCAAAGGUGGGCCAGCUCAGCCCAGCCGGCACCUGCUGCCUCCCCAGCACCCUGCGGAGCUGCGUGGGCACGGCCGCCCGGCCCCCGCAGGGGCCGGCCCCAAGGAAGGUGGGCCGGUUCUUCCCUUCCCCCGUGUAG